AUGGAAGCUAAUACAAAUAGGAUUGUAAAUUUGAAUGGUUCUAAUUAUCAAGUUUGGAGAGGCAAGAUGGAAGACCUUCUUUAUGUGAAGGAUUAUUAUAUGCCUGUGUUUAAUACUGAAAAACCCGAUGAUAAAACAGAUGCAGAGUGGAAUAUUUUGCAUAGAAAAGUUUGUGGGUAUAUUCGACAAUGGGUUGAUGAUAAUGUUUUGAACCAUAUUAGCGUGGAAACUCAUGCUCGUACUUUGUGGAACAAGCUUGAGCAGUUGUAUGCUCGGAAGUCCGGGAACAAUAAAUUGUUCCUGAUUAAACAGUUGAUUGGCUUGAAGUACAAUGAUGGAAAUCCUAUUAGUGAUCAUUUGAAUUCUUUCCAGGGAAUUAUUAAUCAGCUUGCAGGAAUGGGUAUCAAGUUUGAAGAUGAGUUACAAGGUUUAUGGCUCCUUGGCACUUUACCGGACUCUUGGGAAAUUUUUGGGACAUCCUUUUCCAACUCUGCACCAGAUGGUAUUAUCACCAUGGAAUUGGCUAAAGGCGGUGUUUUAAAUGAAGAGAUGAGAAGAAAGUCACAAGGUUCCUCUUCACAUUCAGAUGUCUUGGUCACAGAAAGCAGGGGGAGAAGUCCAAGUAGAGGUCCGAAUAACAAAGGGAAAUAUCGCAGUAAAUCUAAAGGAAAGUUUGUUGACUAUGAGUGCAAUCAUUGUGGUAGAAAAGGGCACACAAUACAAUUCUGCAGACAGCUGAAAAGGGAGAACAAGAAGACAAAUUACAACAAUCAAAAGAACAACCACAAGAAAGAUGAUGGUGGUAAUGAUACUGCUGAAGUUAACACUGCUACCGAAGAGUUUUUUAUCUGUUGUGAUUAUGAUAUGGUCAAUCUUGCACAUGAUGAUUCGAGUUGGGUUGUUGACAGUGGUGCUACUUGUCAUGUGACAUCACAAAGGGAUUUUUACACAUCUUACACUCCUGGUGAUUUUGGGAAUGUUAAAAUAGGUAAUAAUGGGUUAUCAAAGAUUGUUGGUGUCGGAGAUAUUUGUUUAAAGGUUUGGAGUCGCAAAGAUGUUUCGUAUCGUCAUUUACGAGUCUUUAGAUGCAAGGCUUUUGUGCACAUUCCUAAAGAUGAAAGAUCAAAGCUUGAUGUGAAGACCAAACCAUGUAUAUUUCUUGGUUAUGGCCAAGAUGAAUUCGGUUAUAGUUCCUCAAUCUACUAUGAUCGUGUUGAUUUGGAUCCGGUUCCCCCUCAACAUUUUGAGCCAAUUAAUGAAGAUGUUCAGAAUGAUGAACAACAUGGUACUGAUGACAAUGAUGUUCCAGAGCAGUCGGAGUUGGAUGAGGAUCUUCAUCCAGAGUUGCCAGUACCUGAUAUACCACCAUUUGUCCCACUUAGGCGGUCUACGAGAGAUCGUCAUCCUUCCACCCGUUAUUCUGCCGAUGAAAAGGGAGAAGUUGAAGAUAUGUUGCUCGAUCGCCGGGAUGGCGAACUCUUCCUCAUAGGCCAAAAAGGGGGAGAUUUGUUGGGUUUUCUAUUGGGUUUUUUAGCCCAUAAGGAAAGCCCACUUAUUUGGCCCAUGUAUAUAUAUGUGUUACAUGCCCUAAUUUCUAAAACACACAAAAAUUCUCAGCCACCAAGAGCAAUAGAGAGAGCAAAAAAGAGAGAAAUCAAGGGUUUCUUCAAUUUCCGUUUUUCUGGACACACCUUCAGUGUUCCUUCGUUUCCUGGAGAUCCAAAGGUCCGUUUUCUUUCAUUUUUGGAUAGAAGCUUCCCAACAUUGAGGCCUUCAGAUCCAACGGUUGAAUUGUCGAGAUCAGCUCCAGAGACUCAGGAAUCGUCGCUUCUGUUUGCUGCUAGAAAUCAGAAACGUUUUGGUGAUAUUCUUCUUUGUCUUUGCUUAUUUGAUUCCAUAUGCUUGAUGUAA